CCCCGGCGGCUCGGGAGCGCCUUUCCAGGGAGCCGACGCUGCUCCCGGUUCGGAGUGCGCCUGCGCGGUCGCUGGGGCGGGGGGCGCUCUGCACCUCCUCCGCCUCUCCUCCUCCCCUUGACGGCCCGUGGGGGGCUCCGGGCCCGGCGGGACCAUGUUCACCAGCACCGGCUCCAGCGGGCUUUACAAGGCCCCUCUGUCGAAGAGUCUCCUGCUGGUCCCCAGCGCCCUGUCCCUGCUGCUGACUCUCUUGCUGCCUCACUGCCAGAAGUUCUUCGUGUAUGACCUCCACGCCGUCAAGAACGACUUCCAGAUUUGGAGGCUGGUAUGCGGGAGAGUGGUCUGCCUUGACUUGAAAGAUACUUUCUGCAGUAGUCUUCUCAUUUACAACUUCAGGAUGUUUGAAAGAAGAUACGGGAGCAGGAAGUUUGCAUCCUUCUUGCUGGGCUCCUGGGUCUUGUCAGCCUUGUUUGACCUCAUCCUUGUGGAAGCCGUGCAGUAUUCGUUUGGCAUCGCUGUGGCCAGCAAUUUGCCUUCGGGAUUCUUGGCGCCCGUGUUUGCUCUCUUUGUACCAUUUUACUGCUCCAUCCCAAGAGUCCAAGUGGCACAAAUCCUGGGCCCGUUGUCCAUCACAAACAAGACACUGAUUUAUAUAUUGGGACUACAGCUUUUCACCUCUGGUUCCUACAUCUGGAUUGUAGCCAUAAGUGGACUUAUUUCCGGCAUGUGCUACGACCGCAAAGUGUUCCAGGUUCACCAGGUGCUUCGUGUCCCUGGCCAGAUGGCCCAGUUCUUCUCCUGGGCCCUGGAGCCUGUCUUCUCAUCUUCAGAGCCCACCAGCGAGGCCAGAGUUGGCAUGGGAGCCACAGUGGACAUCCAGAGGCAGCAGAGGACGGAGCAGCUGGACCGGCAGCUAAUGCUCUCUCAGUUUGCACAAGUGAGGCUACAGAGGCAGCAGCAGGGAGGAAUGAUCAAUUGGAAUCGGCUUUUUCCCCCUCUACGUCAGCGGCGAAAUAUCAACUAUCAAGACGGUGCUCGGUCUGAAGAGCGAGCGUCACCUCCCUUGGACGUUUCUGAGGAGCAGGUUGCCCGGCUCAUGGAGAUGGGAUUUUCCAGAGUGGAUGCCUUGGAGGCCCUGAGGGCCUCAAACAACGACCUCAACGUGGCCACCAACUUCCUGCUGCAGCACUGACAUUCAGCCCGGCUGUGGAGCGACAGUGCUGUGUCCCUGCCACCACACCAGCCUGAGGACCAAGCAGACUCCAGUGCACACGGCCUCAAGAGGAAAGGUGGUCCCCGCCAUACACUGUCCGUAGCUCCAAGAUGGUUACCAUUGUAGUAUCAGAUACGUUUGCCAUUAAAUUAGCAUGUAUUUUCUAUCUUUAUUUUUUUACUGGGCCUUUCUCAGUUUGGAGAAGCGUCACUCCUAACAUGUUUGUGUGCAUGGCAGUCGCAGGUUUCCGCGGCCGUUUUAUAGCACGCAGACGGGCGACUGUCAGGAUGCUCGCGUGAGCAGGCUGCUUGUCCUGGUCUCAGUAGAGGGGGGGCGGGUCACGUGACCUCCGACAGGAUGUGUCACACUGCUCGGUGUGGACUGUUGUUUCCCUUCCUUUCUCGUUCACAUCCCAGUGGCUGUCCUGCGCACACUCCCCACACGCUGGGCGUGUCCUCCAGGCCUCGGGGAGGGAGGAAGCAGGAGACAACCCUCCCGUACCCCCCCCACCCCGCCUAGGGACUCUGUCCCAACUCCUCCCUGCUUUCAGUAAAGAUGACAGUCCAGUGCCAACUUGAGGGUCUGGAACGCUGCGCAGUAUUGUAAGUGGGGUUCACUUUGCUCAGAGUGCCCUACCGUGGCCGUCAGGCUGAGGGGUGAGGUGAGCAAGAGAACAGCCGCUUUCUAGACCUUGUGCGGCCUGUGCAGAGAGCUCAGGGCGGGCUGGCGUGCUCAGCCCCAGAAGAGGAGAGGAGAGCAGAGCCACUUACCCCGGCCUGCCCCACUGGGCUAACCUGCUGGCCCUUAGCACACACCGCCAGCUCUCCUGGCGGCAGAUUCCCUGGCCCCGUCCUCGCCCCCUUGUGGGGGGGUAGGGCAAUACCCACUGCGGGACACAGUCAGGGAGGUUUAGGCCGGAGGCAGCCCACCGUGAGCAAGAACAGUUCUAGGAGUUGACUGUGCUAUAGGCAAACUGCACUGGGCGUGUCCUGGGGUCGUGUUCUGCAAAAUGAGCAGCAAUGUGUCAAAUUGAUGCAAAUUUAGGGGUGUGAUACUUACAAUAAAGUUUUUAUGGGUUUUA